AUGAAGAUCUAUGAUACUUGCAUUCCAUUCACCGUCUUGGUCUUCCUAGCAUCCCCGAUCUCCGGGCAGGAAACUCUCAAUUUUACAAAUGGCACGAGCAACGGCCUCGUUGGCAUCGUACAGGGACCAAACCUGUGUACUUCAGAUGACAUUGCCAAGAUGGACGUGAGCGGCUGUGCAUGUCCAUCAACUUUCCCACCAUCACCCACUGACCUGGUCUGCGUUACACCGGCAGGACAAUGUCCUAUCACCUGUAACCCUCCGCCACCCGCAUCACCCGUGAUGCCACGAUCAGAACUCUCUCAAUGUUACUCGGGCUGUGUCGAUGCCAACUCCGAAUGCAACGGCUGCUACAUCUGGUUCUCUAGUCUGUGUCGGUGCAUUCGCGACUUCCAAGCGGGAACACAAACAAAUUGUAUCGCCAGCCCUUCAAUUAGCGCUGGCCCGCCUCAGCCCCACCAGUCCCCUUCAUGGGUAGUGCUCGGUGGUGGGGACUUGAUUACAACUACAGAUUUGAUACCGGGCAUUCUGCAAUUAAGUUCAGCUGCUGACGUGGACGGCGGCUUCCGGCUUGGUCAGGAUACACUCAGAAACAGACAGAUUAGGGAUACGGGAACACUGGCGAUAAACAGUGUCUCGACCCGCUCUGAGGAGCAGAUUCAUAUCCAUGUCUGUGAUCAUCCUGGUAGUACGGUGCGUGGUAUUCUUGAUCAACUGCAUCGGGAUAAUUUCAAGACUACAUCGUCGGUCGACUUGUCUGCCCUUGCUAGACCGAAUGCUGCUAUGUCUUGUCGGGUGUCGCCUAACAGGGGUGAAGACAUCAACUUAGGCCGUGAUAUUGUUGAUUGGCUGCAGCAGUAUGUUGGCACAACGACAUGUGCUCAAUAUGAUGUUGGCGCUGGAGUUGUUACUGAUACCAAUGGUUACUCUUGGGCUUGUAUCACUACGGGUCAUAGGGCUGCUGAGAAUCUGUUUUGCAGUGAUUGA